AUCACGGCGAACCACUUGCAAACUUUUGCCAAAAAAAAACCAAGGGCAAAAAAAGGAAACACCUCACAAGCAAGGUUUGCCAGGCUUGCUGCUGUGAUUGACUGUGGAAUGCGAAACCGUCUCAAAGCCAGCUAGUCAGUCAAUUUUAGGGGCCGACCUGUACAAAGUGAGAGUUAAACAACAAAGACCAACGGCGAUGGCCAGCGCAAACGGAGCUCUCAUAUUUUGAAAUGCCACAAUCCUAGUCUCAACUGAUCCCACAGCCAACCAAUACAACACGAAACUAGCUGCCGACCCUCCUUACUACCUAUUCCACUUCAACAAAGUCACGUGUGAGAUACGACCAGCAAGACUUGGACGCACCGACCACGACGACAAGGGCGACAAAUGCGUGGAGCCGACUGCGGCGUCGACGCCUGCUCGGCGCAGCCUCCGUCGUCCCUCAUAGGAACGUUUUUCUCGCUUUCGCCUUUUAUUGGGACCUUUGCCGCGGUCGCCAUCAUCACCUCCCGUCAUGUCCACCCUCUGCUGUCGCGGCUACACGAUGGCGCCCGCGAUGACGGGGAGGACCAUGUUCUCCCAGCCUCGGCACCGGCGGCGCUCCGGGCGUGUCAUGUUGAGCACGGCAACCGCAGUAUUCGCCGGAAACUGUCGGGGGCUGCCUUUGCGGCUACGAUUGGCCUUUCGACCGUCCUGGGCGAGCUGAUAUUGGCCGAGAUCUCGGACCUGAUCAAUUCGAGGGCGAGGACGACAGCGCUGCGGUAUACAGUACCCACUCUGCUCUUUCUGCUCAUCGGCCUGAUACCAUUUCUCAUUAUUCAAUCCGUCGUUGUCGGGGCCGGUUGGUCGUUUCAACGGACGGCCAAAGGGCGCCUCCCUCGCAUGGCGUGGAUGCUGCAGCUGUCUGCAUUUUCCGUUUGGCUCCUUGUAUUCUGGCAGCUGGGGCGGUUGGUUCCCGGGCCAGAUGAUAACUACGCCUAUGCUCGAGAUGCAACGGCUAGUUUUGACAGCACCGGCAUCUCGAUGGCCAUGCGGGGCUCCUCUAACGCCUUCCCCGACCUGUUUGCUGGCGGUAAGGAAAUGUCGAGGGCUUGUCUCGAGAGGAUAGGCGUGAUUGGCAUAUCGCUAAUGGCGCUUCUGUCUGGCUUUGCUAGCGUCUCCUCUCCAUUUCACAUACUCUCUGAUAACAGGCAACACCGAAAACGACCGGUGACCGAUGCGCAGAUUGCCAGGAAGCAGUCUGGGCUCGAGGCCACACAGGAGCUACUGGUGCACAAGAAACACCGCUUAAGAGCACUGCAGCAUAAAUCGGCCGCCACAACAUCUGUGGCCGAACAAACUUCACCCACCUCCCCAGCACAGCUCGUCGGCAAGCUGGUCGGGUCGAUCAAGAGCUUGGGAGGUGGCGGCGAGGCUGGAGAGAUCAAGGCGCUGCAGAUGGAGAUAAAUGGGCUGGAGCAGAUGGAGGCCAGCAUGUCGUCGAGCCUGGCUGCCAUGCGAGCCAGACAAGCAAAUCACGCGCGGGACGGGACCGCCCUGGGCGUCCUCAUGGCGUUGCCGUCCUAUGCCUUUGGCCUCUACUGUGUCUACAGGAUCCUCGCAACAACCAUAACGACCCUCCGGCGGGCGUACUCACCCGGCGCAUCCUUCUCUUCGUCAGAUCCCAUAAAUCGUUUCCUUGGACUGCUCGCCAGGCACUGGGAUCCUAAGCUGGACCAGCUCGCAUGGGCGAGGCAGAUCUCGUUUCUGCUUUCAGGGGUAAUCCUCGCCCUUUCGGCAAACUCCGUCCUGCAGACCUUUCACCUGUUUUCCAAGUGGGCGCCGGGACUCCUGCACCACACAAAGGCGAACCUGCCGCUGCUGGUCGCCCAAGUCACGGCGACCUACGUCAUUAGCGCGGCCCUUCUUCUGAGGAGUAACCUGCCCAAGGAGGCGUCCAGUGCAGUAGGAGACGUGCUCGAGAGUGCGCUCGAACCUGGAUUUGUCGAUCGUUGGUUUGAGGGAUGGUUCUUACUCGCCAGCAUAGCGACUGCGUUUGGUAUCUGGAUCGGCAGGAAGAUCGCAGGGUCCACGACAGACUGGGAUGACUGGGAGGAACUGUCUGCGGAAGAGCUGGGUCAAAAACGAUCAUGACAAGCCCGUUAGAGGGUCUAUACAUUUCUAGGGUCCAAGGUAUACUGCGAAGAAAGCCUGGCCCCCAUCGUAUCCCAAUCCGGAUACUGUACAGUUCGUGUUAGCUAUUUAUUUUUGUUCAUUUGUAACUGUUUUUACUAUGUAUGAUCUAGACAGCUUUUAUUGUUUUAUCUAGAAAAAGUAUUAUAAUAAGGACAACAAUUCUAGACCUUUUGAACCCCUCCAAUGUAGACCUAGGCUAGAUUUUCUACUACUACUUCUAGAUAGUCUAGAUGGAGGGGUUUUCCCACCUUCAAAGUUAA